ACAUGAGGCCUGGAAGGAGAGUGAGGAAUUGACAAUGACGGCGCUCGUAGCUCUGUUGGCCUGUUCGUAUAUUGGAUCUGUGUCAAGCCAACGCAUCAUUUGGUCAGGAAGUCCAAGAGAGAUAACCAUUCCCCUUGAUGGAACUGGACCUCAGAUCUCGGGGAUUCCCCUGGGUCCUCAGAUCUCGGGGAUUCCGCUGGGACCCAAGAUCUCAGUGAUUCCUCUGCCACUUCAGAUCUCGGGGAUUCCUCUGGUACCUCAAACCUCAAGCCCAGUAGAGGUUCGAUCGCAACCAUGGCUUCUUAAAACAAACUCCUUCCCACAAUCGCAGACUUUCACUGCCAAGCAUCCUCAGUUCCCAUUGCGCUACCCCAAGGUAUUCCCGAUGCCGUAUGUUCCAAAACCUCAAAUCCAGACUCCCCAACAACCAUUAAGACUACAUUAUCCUCAAAUGCAUGGCUACCAACAUCUUAAGCCACAAAUUAAACCAUUUAAACGACAUAACGGAGCGCCUCUCUCUGCCUGGAAAAACAGCCCCGGCGGAAACGUCCUUGUUGUUCCUUUGGCGUCUUCAAAUAAAGUGCAAACGGAUCCAGUUGUCAUGGCGGGAUACAUCCGCGCUAUGAAGAGUGGAGAUCCGUGGAAACCUACCUUCCUACCUGGACAAGUCAUCCCGAGCAAUCUGCUAAUACCCGGCGGUGGUGUCGUUCUAGCCGGAGACGGAAGUGAUGCAACUGUCGCCGGCCCAGCCGGAAGUUUUUCAAUUGAUGGAGGGGACGUGGACAUGGUUAGUGUUGUUUAAAGUGACAUCGGCGUCUUUUCGUUUGGUUAUGAAACAUGGUGACAGUGUGCCCCUGUAGGAUGUUCUAUAAGUGCUCUAUGGGGGCUGUGAAAUGGACAUUAAGACAGGUGUGUAGGUAUUAUUUUAAUUUUGUAUUUUAUCUUUGAAACCGGGAUUAUUACUUUCCACACAACUGGAUAAUUACCCUGGAUAAACGAGGCACCCAACAUUCAUUCGGAUGCCUAACGAAAUGAACAUCCAAGACGUGUAUAUUUCCAGUUGUGAAAGACCAAUAUUGACUUAAAGCCAUGGUGGACAUAUGUGACGUGUUCUGUCCAGGACUGUUGCUGUUCAACGUGAAAUUGAUUACCAGUGUUUCGGUGAUCGAUGUCAGAAGAAAGGAUAUAACAGCUUGAUUGUUAUUGCAUAAAGUACAAUCAUCA